UAUUCUUUUAUUGAUUGAAAAUCAGGUAAACGUUUAUGUGUUUGGUUUAUAAAAAAUUAGUUAUAUAAUAUUGUUUUUUUGUGAUUGUGAAUACCAUUUUUAAACAACAGUUGUAAAAAAUACUUUUUUUUUUAUUAAUUGUGACUUAGUUAUCAUACUGUUUGUAGUGAUUAGGGGAAUCCCUAAAAUAAUUCAAUUGUGAUUUUUACGAUGGUGAAAGAUAGUAAUAACAUAAACGGAACGAACGUGCAAAAAAUUAACCACAAAAAUACUUGGCAUAAUAGUCGUUAUUCGAAUUCGAAUAAAAAUACUUCAACUAAAUUACAAAAAAAUAUUGAAAAUUGUGCGGAACUUUUAAAUAAAUUGCAAAUGAACAAUAAUAAUCAGAAUAAAAAAACUUAUAAUAGAUAUACUCGAAAUAAAAAUGAAGGUCAAACAAAAACAGCUGAUAAUAAUUGCCCAGUUAAUCAAUCUAAAAAACAUAAACAAAAAUCAUUCCAAAAUAAUUAUUCAUCACAAAAUAUGCUUCCACAAUUAAAUGUUGUACGACAUAUUAUGAUGCAAGAAAAAAUAUGGCCAUAUACUUAUUGUAAAAUGCCAACGAUUAAUUUUAUUUUACCACAUUUAUUAAAUACAGUUGUUUAUGUUGUUUAUCCGGGCUAUGGUAUACAGAGAUCUAACCCAAAUAUUCAAAUACAAAUACCGAAACCAAAGGAAAACAAUAAACAAUUAAAAAAUGUAUCGUGUUUUAAUUGUGGUUCGUCUGGGCAUCUCGGAAAUGAUUGUACAGAACCAUCAAUGGAAGAGUUGUUAUUACAUGAUACAUAUCGUUUGAAUUAUUUAUCGUCAAGUGAUGUUUAUUUUCAAAAUCUGACUUCAUCAACUUCCUCAAGUAGUGAACUUUUAGAUAAAAUUUGAUUAUUUUGAUAUUACCUAUGUUUUUUAA